AUGCGCUCGCUGGCCGGCUUCUUCCUGGUGCUAGGCUGCGCUACCUUCUAUCUGUAUGUGCUGAGCACCCGGCUGCGCCCUGGCAGAGGUCAGGUAGCCGAGAGGUGGGUGCUGAAUGGGUCCCUGGUUUUCCCUUCUGACUUAGAUGAACUACGGGAAUUAGCUGACUUCCUGCAUGAGUAUAAAAGAGAGCACCACGGCUACGUUACUGUAUUGUUCUGCAGUGCGUACUUGUACAAGCAGACUUUUGCUAUUCCAGGAUCCAGCUUCUUGAAUCUGCUGGGUGGAGCUCUGUUUGGACCGUGGCAUGGCCUGUUUCUGUGCUGUACACUAACUUCAUUGGGUGCGACAUUCUGCUACCUGCUCUCUCAUGCUUUUGGCAAGCAGAUUGUGGUCAUGUACUUUCCAGAGAAGGUAUUGAUGCUGCAGAGAAAGAUAGAAGAGAAUCGUAGCAGUCUUUUCUUUUUUCUCCUUUUCUUGCGCUUGUUUCCCAUGACACCUAAUUGGUUCCUGAACUUGUCUUCACCCAUUCUGAACAUCCCAGUGGGGCAAUUUUUCUUCUCUGUCCUUAUUGGUCUGCUGCCUUAUAACUUCAUCUGUGUCCAGACAGGAUCCAUUUUAUCGAAGAUCAAAUCUCUAGAUGACAUGUUUUCUUGGGGUACAUUACUGACACUGUUGGCUAUAGCUCUUGCGGCUCUAAUCCCUGGCGCUAUUGUCAAAAGGUUCAGCCAACAAAGCCUGGCACGAGAAAAAAGGACACUUGGUGAAUGGCAGAAAAUUCACGUGAGCUCUCUCAGUGAUUGCAGUUCUCAUUCAAAGAGACACUAA